GACUGAGCCUUAUUUAUCACCACUAAUGAGCAGACUGCUUAGCUUGCUAUUUUCCAUGGCGAAACCGAAGAAAACUACGCAUGCGGCGGUGGCGCGCUUCGUCGAAACGCUAUUGCCGCUCAAGGAAAACGACGUACAGCGACUCUACCACGUCCCUCGAAACCCUCGCUACGACCCCGAGACUGCUGUGGUCGAGCAGAUUGUACUCAGCGUCAUGCCGACCCCAGGGGUUUACGCUCUGAUCGGCUGUCCAUUUGAUGAGACUACGGCGGACUCCACGGCGCCUUACCGGCACAUGUACCCGCAACCGCCGCGAACACUAUGCUUCUUACAUCGGCCCUUCACCCUCGAUCGGCGCAGCGUGCGCAAAGGGACGCUUGUUCUCUCAAGUCACACUUCCUUUGAUGAAGUGCUCACUGUGGGGUGGAACACGGCGCUGGCAGAACGGUUGCGCGUAGACACGGCAAACUGCCUCUGCGUACAAGGUUACAAAGGCGACUCAGAGAGGAAGAUUGGAAUCAUUGGCCAGGUCGACGUGUAUCUACAGGUGCUCCUGGGUCGAAUACAAGAAGAGUUUGGCGUCUCUGAGCUUGCACAUGCAGGUUCAUCGGACCAAAUACGCUUCGUGGCGAUCAUGAAUGCGUUCAAUGAGGGUGAGGUACAUCGUGUGCUUCAAAUGGCACAAGAGCAUGGCUGGAUAGCACCAGAUGAAGACGCCAGACAUCUGCUUUAUUUGACUGGACAGCCCCGGGUUAGUGGGCUUGAAGCUGCAAAAGCGCUGGGUAUGUCGGUAGCUUGUGUUGGGCAUAGGCAAGCGGAAGACUGGGGCAUUCGCUACAUAGGUGAAGCGCUGCGUAAGGCCUUUCCAAAUGCGCAUGUGGAGGAAGUGUAUGAAGAAGAGAUACCUGUGGUGAAAGCAAAGGAGCCUGCAGUACAAAUCGUGCAUCAGUAAUGAUGCUUUGAACUGUUGCCGAAGCAUGCCAUUUUUGGCUACUACUGCUGCAUU